GGAACCUCGAGAAAUACGAACGGAGAAGUGUUUUCCACCUCUGCUUCUCUGCGUGAGCGCCAACGCGUGCACUUUUUUUUUUACUUUCACUUGCUGUGCCACGAAGGUGGCUCGCAGUGCAACGAUAAGAACAAAGGCGAUUUAGUCAAGCCCUUACUCUGUCUCUUUAUAUUGCAAACCGUUUCUUUUUGUUGUUUUUGUUUUUGUUUUCCACGCAGCCACAAUUAGCGGCUUUCACCAUGUACAGCGACGGCGAGCGGAAGACGGUGUCAGAGUUGCAACGAGAGGCGGAGGCGACGCGCAAGGAAAUCAUCGAGGAGGCACAGCGACUAGAGCGCAUUAAGAAGGAAACCGCGAAGACGCAAUUCUCCAUUGACCAGCUCUUUCGCUUUUUCGCGCGAGAGGUGGAGACGGAGGAGGAAAAGAAGAUGUUGGUCGACUUGCUCGUCUCAAACCCACCCGAUCUCCACUUGGAGUGCGUGCCUGUGCUGCCCGUGGUGAUCGCGAUCGCAAACGGACGCAUGACAAACGCACGCCGCAUUUACGCGGUGGACAACACAUUCCUCGACGACUCCGCCUUCAUCUUCCUCGUCCACACACUUCGCUUUUCUCCGCAGGCAGGGCAGAUCGACUUUCUCGAUGUGAGCGGCACGCGUGUGACGGAGCGCGGCAUGUGCUUCAUGCUCGAAAUGAUGAUCGAGCGCAACACACCUUUUGUGCUCAUAGCGAAGCGACUUCUGAUUCCUUCGCCCGACGGAGAGGCGGUACGGGCGCGCUACACGUCGCUCAUUAGCACGUUGCGAGACAAGAAGCGGUGCCAGUUUGUUCAGGAAUAA